AUGGAUCUCUCCGAGGUACUUCGAGGCAUCGAUGCCACCCGGCCUUUGUCGAGUCCGUCGAGUCGACGGCAGAAGAGAGGGAGCGGUGGCACCAGCAUCGGCAGCAACAUUAGCUUGGGUGAUCAUCGUCCCCCGCCGGCACACCCCCCUUGGCAGCGUUCUGCCCUGCCGGAACGACCGCCCUUUGAGAACGAUCGGUACGACUUGACGAAAUCAUUGCUGCACCUCGCGGCGGCUUUCGACGUGGAAGUGACCGUUCAGAAUCAACUCCCGAGCCCUGUCGCUGAAUACCCCUUGUUCCCCUUCGAGGUUGGCCCGACGCCGCGUUCGCAACUCCUUCCUUUGGAGGCAUACCUGAUGGAUGUGAAUGAUCAUGAGCGGCGCCUGCUAGGCCUCUGCCGCUGCCCACCUCCGGACCCCCUCCAUUGGACGGACUCUCCUGGAAGCCCAGGCGGGCACUCGACGGUGUUCGCGGAGCCGAAUGAGGACGGCUCGGAAGGGCCAUCACGAUCCCAUCGGGAUCGUCAUGAGUCGAACACGCCCGGCGGCCCGGAGCCUUCAGGUGAACGAUUCGGCUUGCGGAACGCAAAACGACCAGCGACGGAAGAAUCGCACCUCGGUUCUCGACCUCCAGAGAAGCAACGACGUCUGGAGACGAUUUCCAUCGACCCGGAUUAUGUUGAUGCCGAGGCCGACUCCCUCAAGUCCUCAUCGUUGCCUGACAUUCUGGACCCCGGUGCGCCCGUCGCCAGGCGCCAUCUUCGCCUCGACACUGAGCUCAAGGAUGCAGGGUUCGGGCCACUUGGGGACAACGGAUUUAGUUUGCGGCAUUAUCACAGGGCGAAGGAGCCUCGGCCCGACAGGGUGCGGAUUCAGAGACAGAAGAGGGUAAGGAAGCACAAGGAGACUGGAUGA